UCCCAAUUUGCCCCUCUGAAAAGCUCCCCUCUCUCUCUCUCUCUCUCUGGCAGACGCCCGCGCCAUUGACGACGGCCUCGAAGAGGCCCUGGAUCGCUGCGAUUAGGGUUCCUAUUUUCCCCCUUUGAUACAAUCUUGGAGAAAGGGAGGGUAUAAUUCCAAUGCGAUUCCUCUCUUGAAUAGAGAUUGAACGAGAGAAGGGAGGGAGGGAGGGAGGAGGAAACCCUAAGAUGAAGUCUUCCUCGGGGGCAAUCAGCAUUGCGGCCAGCGCGCAGAGGCUCGAUGUGGACAAUCGGAUCUCUCUCCGUUACUACUACCGGAUCGCGGAUAAUCUCAUCAAGCAGGCUAAUAUCUAUCGGGCGGAGAACAAUAUUAUUGAUCUGUAUGUUAUGCUUUUGCGGUUUUCAAGUUUGAUCACUGAGACUAUACCGUAUCAUCGAGACUAUCAAGUGUCUCUACAAAGUGAAAGACUUUAUUUUAAAAAGAAGUUAUUAAAUGCCCUGAAUGAGCUGGAGGCACUGAAGCCAGUUAUGCAACAACGGGUCCAAGAACUGAAUAGGAGGAUUAGAACUCAAGUAAAUAAGUGGGGCCAGGCUCAGCAAAAUGGUUUUGUUGAUAACUCAUUGGAGUGGCCACCAAUAAGAAAACAGACACUAACAAUUAGCAAAUCGAGUCAAGUACACAAAAUUGUUGGUCAAGAUGGCACCUCUUGGAAUUCAGUCAUCCAGAGUGACAGAUUACCACUAGCAAAGCCUGGAGAAGAGCAAUUUCGCAAAUUCUCUCUCAAUAUCCCACGCCCGAAUGAGGAGACUCUAUCAAGACACUCCAUUUUGGGUCCAAAUGGGCUUCAUGGACAGUGGAAGGCACCCAGUAUUGACAGAGGGAUCCGAUACCCAAGCAAUUUGGACUUGAGUCCUAUAAAUAUCCCAAGCCUGAUUCCGCCAGUGGAAGAUAAACCUGUGGCCAUAAAAGAUGAUGGUACUUCAGGGAAUAAAAGAUCUACAAUUGAAGAGGUUCUUUCAUUGCAUGAUGAUAGAACAGCUCCCACUGCUGAACCAAGUCCAAUGAUUAACUUAGAUGCUGCAGGAACUCCUAUGAUGGAUAUCACCAGAGAGCCUUCUCCUCCACCUGUCCUUGCAGAAGUGCAAGACAUGGUUCCUGUCGCAUCAGAAGUUUCUAAUUCCUUAUCUGGGCAAACAGUAUCAUUGCAGGAUGAACUAGUUCAGACUGAAUCUCCUUUGGAAGUUCACAUAUCCGCAACAAUGAUGGACAGCUUUAUGAGACUUGCAAAGUCAAAUACUGUCAGAAAUUUAGAAACAUGUGGUGUUCUGGCAGGUUCACUUAAAAAUAGAAAAUUUUAUGUGACAGAUCUGAUCAUCCCCAAACAGGAGUCAACAUCUGAUUCAUGUCAGACAACCAAUGAAGAGGAAAUAUUUGACUACCAGGACAAGCAAUCACUUUUUCCCCUUGGGUGGAUUCAUACACAUCCCACACAGUCAUGUUUCAUGUCCUCGAUUGAUCUCCACACCCACUAUUCAUAUCAGAUCAUGUUGCCUGAAGCUAUUGCAAUUGUUAUGGCACCAAAGGAUAGUUCAAGGACCCAUGGGAUAUUCCGACUGACCUCUCCUGGGGGCAUGUCGGUCAUUAGGCAAUGCCAGCAGCGUGGUUUCCAUCCUCAUAAAGAGGCACCGGAUGGGGGUCGUAUAUAUGACCACUGCUCAUAUGUCUAUAUGAACCCUAAUUUGAAGUUUGAUGUAAUGGAUCUUCGAUGAACAUAAAUUUCCUCCAUCACUGGAAUAAAUCAUGUAUGUGAUAAGUCCAUUGGUUGUACAACUCCAUGACUAUAUAUAUGAUGAAUCAUCAAGCUGGCUUUCCUGUAUAUGAUAACAGAAUAGAUGGUUCAAGUGUAACUCAGGCCGUGAUUCAUCAAAUUUCAUCGUUUUCAAUUCAUAUUGGUCCAAAACUGGCUUU